GAUUUUUUCUAAGACGAACUUUAGGCACAUGGAGAGAAAAUCUUGUCCAAACACGCGAAGUUACAGCUUUUUCAUCACCUUAUGGCUCUCCCUUUGCAUCACACUUCCCCCACCGUUGAAAUUUUCUCCCAUCCUCUCACCUCAUGGACAUUUUCCCGCGGAUUUUCUUGCUGUUUCCCUCAAACCGUCCUUCCUGUUAGUAGGAAGCUUUUCUAUGCAAGGCAAUACCUCCACCACCGGCAUCAACCGGCAAUCAGAGCUUUCCGGGAAUGGCGGGAAUACGAGGAGGCAGUGAAGCGGAAGGACCUUGCCACGGCUCUGAGAUUCUUGAAAUCCAUCGAAAACGAAAAUCCAGUUGAGCUAUUUGAUGGUUCUGCUCCUUCCGCGGCUGACUCCUUUGAGUCUCGGUUCCGUGAGCUGCAAUUAUUUGGGCCUCAAAGGGAUUGGGAGGUUCUGGACACGUGCUUGAAUGCGGAUAACAUGAAGCUAGUUGGUAAUGCCUAUAAGUUUUUGAAGGAUAGGGGUUUUCUGCCUAAUUUUGGAAAAUGCAGGAAUGUUGUUCUAGAUGGACCGAGGAACAUUACACCUGAUGUCUUGAAGUCCUCAACUGGUUUAGAAGUUUCUAAACUUGCUCCAAAGAAGUGGGGUCUUUCAGGGAGUUCAAGUGCUGUUUUGAUUGCCUUUCUCGGUGGGGCAUCCUUUCUUGUCUCUCAGGGAAUUGACAUAAGACCCAACCUUGCGGCAAUAUUAGGUCUAGCCUUCAUAGAUUCUAUCUUCCUUGGCGGUACUUGUUUAGCUCAAAUUUCAAGUUAUUGGCCUCCAUAUAGGCGCCACAUCCUAAUUCAUGAAGCAGGGCAUCUCUUGACAGCAUACUUGAUGGGUUGCCCAAUUCGUGGGGUGAUUUUAGAUCCAAUAGUUGCGAUGCAAAUGGGUAUUCAGGGACAGGCAGGAACUCAGUUUUGGGAUGAGAAAGUUGCCAAUGACCUUGCUGAAGGACGACUUGAUGGAACUUCCUUUGAUAGGUACUGCAUGGUGCUUUUUGCAGGCAUUGCAGCUGAAGCUCUAGUUUAUGGAGAGGCAGAGGGUGGAGAAAAUGACGAAAAUCUAUUUAGAAGCAUCUGUCUUCUACUUGAUCCUCCAUUAUCUGUAGCCGAGAUGUCUAAUCAAGCAAGAUGGUCGGUUUUGCAAUCUUAUAAUCUACUCAAGUGGCAUAGAUCUGCACAUCGAGCUGUUGUUAAAGCCUUGGAAAAUGGUGCAAGUCUUAGUGUUGUAAUUAGGAGAAUUGAAGAGACCAUGUAUUCAAGCGAAUGAUGAACCACAAAAACGUAUAGAAAAAGAACUUUAUUUUCUUCAAGUUGCUGACCAGGUUCCUGCAUUUCAAAUUUUUUCAAUUCACUCCUGAUAGAUGCAGUGGAAUGGAGUUUGUCUUCUGAUCUAUUUAUACUAUCCCAUGCCUAGCUGUUAGGAAUUAGAUACCCAUGAUAUGAAUGAAACCAAGCAGGUGAAUAAAUUCUGCGUCAGCAGGUAACCACUUUGUUCGCUGAAUCAUGCGUCAGGUGGUCCUAAUUUGCUUUUUGCUCAGAAAUGGACAUCCAGCAAUCCUGCCUGGAAUACCCAGUUUUCUCUAUAUUAGAGUAAUGGAUAUAGUUUUGAGGAAAGUUGUUGAACAAGACUUUUUGGUUCACAAUAUAUCCAAAGGCUUAGUUGUUGAUAGAACACAAUGAUGUUGCGCAAUCCAAAUAGGUAACUCCACCUAGUAGGAUAAAACUUGUUGUCGUAGUAGAGUAAUGGAUAUAGUUUUGAAAUUCGUUUGUAAAUAAUUAUGUUUGGGAAAAUGUUUCCCAGGGAUCUUUCUGUUGCUUUCCUGGAAGUCCAUUCACAGACUUUUUAGGAAUUUGAAACUCCUUUUGUUCCUAGUGAGUAAAGUCAAUGUUUUAUCUAGAAUGAUGAGAAAAGGUGAGUUGGGUUUUAGAAAAUGAAAAAUUUACUUGAAGCAUCAUCUGCGUUUGAAGUUCUACUUAAUUUUAAGAAGGAUUCAGAGUAUACGGAUUAAGUUUUGCUAUUGCAGUUACAUUGUACUUGUUGAAGCAAUUACCUUCUAUGAAUUCGAAGAUCAGGAUAUUUGCCA